UGCAAAUAUGUCAAUUUCAAGACACUGUUGUUUCAAAGGAAUAACUAAAAUACGCGUUUAAUGUAUUUGUAACAUGGAUUUAUUGUGAUAUUAGGGUCGAUAUCUUCGGAGAUGUGUUAAGCCACUAAGAUAAUGUUUUACUUGCUAACACGGGCUGGAAUUAGCAUGGAACAAAGAUUCUUCGACCUGAAGAGGGAUGAUACACUGUAAAGUACAUCCGAUUUCCGUUAUCCAACGAUUCCAGAAGAAAGUUGCCUGUUUUAGGUUACAAAAAAAAAUACUUCACAGGGUCAUCAAUACUACUGAGUGAGUAUGGAGAGAGACAGCAGUGGCGGAGGAGACAGCAGUCGCAAGGAACAGAGAGAGGGACAGCAGUGCAAUGGUAACAGUGAUGGUUCUGCCUUUGCUCCAUCGGAUCUGCAGAGCAACGACGAUGAUCCAGGUCUUCGGAGAAAAAUAAGGAGCAAAUACAGGGAUCUCAUCAACUCCAUGCAACAAAACAGAGAAGAUCUGCUGAAUCCUUCUAACAACAGACUGACAGAAGUUUUAGAAGAAGCAAACAACCUUUUUAAAGAUGUGCGACAGACCAGAGAAGCAGCUCUGGACGCCCAGCUCCUGGUGGUGGCCUCGGAUCUGGGUAAAGAAAAAGCCAGUCAGAUGUUGGCUGAUGGCACUGCCUUUGACACUGCCAUGUUUACUGAGCGCCUGUUAUCCUUCAUGGGCAUUAACCGACUGGAAGAUGAUGAUGAUGAUGAUGAUGAGCAGAAAGGAGGAGCAAAUAAAGGCUACCUUCCUGCGGAUGCAUGGCACAGAUUGGCCAGUAGGGCGGAGUGUUGUUUCAGGACAGCACCAUCCUUCCACUUCAUGAGAGGUUCCUUCCAUGCAGAACCACCGCCUCCAAAACAAAAGGUUGUCCGGCAAAGCAGAGCACCAACGAAGGAAACUACGAGAGCAAUGCCAACUCAGAUGAAGAAAAUGGUAGAGUCCCAUCAAGAGGCCACAGAGAAGGAGGUUGAGAGAAUUCUGGGAUGCCUGAGGGGUUACCACCAACAGGACCCCUUAACUCCCAUAUCAUAUUACGAGUUUGUCAUCGACCCCACCUCCUUUUCCCGGACAGUAGAGAACAUUUUUCACACAUCCUUCCUCAUCAGGGAUGGUUGGGCAAAGAUGUUUCUGGAUGAUGACAAAUUGCCUUGUAUAGCACCUGUGGAGGAUGAUGAAGAUAAAGGUCAAGGAUCGUCCAGCUGUAAACAGUGCAUUGUGUCCAUCAGUCCAAAGAUGUGGAAGGAUCUCAUAGAUGCCUUGGAUAUUAAAAAUCCAUUGAUUCGGGCCCCUGACACACAAACAGAGUGAAACACUUCUUUGUUUGUAAACUGAAUGGUUUUAGUGUGGUUUUUUUUCUAUAAUAUCUUCUAACAUCCCUAAUAUUUUCAUCUUUUUAAAUCUUUGUUUAAACUGUUUUUAAAAUUUUGAAUAAUUAAAGAAAAUAAAAAGGGUGUUUUU